AUGUCUCACGUAUUACAAUGGCAGCAACUAGCGAAUGGUGCCCGCUUCGGUCUAGCAUACGCAACGGAACAGUAUCCGGUCAACCUCACCGCUAACACGGACCUCGAAAUCUACAAGAAGAAUCUCAUCAAUCUUCCAGGCAUCACAAUUCCUGGAGGGACUGUAUUGCGCGUGGUAGACAUGAAUCCGGGAUCGAUAUCGCCAAUGCAUCGCACGAUUAGCUUAGAUUACGGUGUCGUCCUUGAGGGGGAAGUGGAGUUAAUGUUGGACUCGGGUGAGACGAGGUUGCUAAAACGGGGCGAUAUUACAAUCCAAAGGGCCACCAAUCACGCUUGGAGGAACCCUAGCGACACCAAAUGGGCUCGCAUGUUGUAUGUCCUUCAGGAGGCGCAGUCGUUACAGGUCGAUGGCAAGUCUCUCCAAGAAGAUUAUGGUGGUGGAAUGGACGAUGUACGACCGUCCGGGAAAUAA